AUGCGAGAUCGGGUUCGUCGCCCCCUUGAUUAGUCCUUGAUUAAUCAUUAUCAAUCAACACCUAAAUGAAUAGCUGUCUAAAGCAUAUCUGACACAAAAUCGGAUCAGAUCCCUGGCUUAAGAUGCCAUCCAAUGAGAUGACAUCAUCCAAAGUUCGCAGGGCGCAUCGCAAGACGCGAACAGGAUGCACUAAUUGCAAGAGGCGCCGGAUCAAGUGCGAUGAACAAAAACCGUCCUGUUCCAAAUGCCUCCAACGUGGCUUCAAAUGCGGAUAUCUAACCCGUCAUCCGGACUACGACUCACAAUGCUCCAAUGGCCACGGUGCCUCGCCCAUGGUGGCACCGGGCACAGCGACAGAUUCACCCCAGCCACCAGCAUCCACGCAUGAGCUGCCCAUGAGGGAAUUGCGACUCCUGCACCAUUUCACCACGUCGACAUACGCAACGCUCUCACCGCGUGGUCAUGUCAAGACUAUCUGGCGCGUCACGGUGCCCAAAUUGGCCUUCUCCAGCGACUGUCUGAUGCGCGCAAUUCUGGCUAUAUCGGCGCUGCAUCUCUCGCGACUCGAAGCCGAUCUCGACUAUCAGACACAUGCUAUCGCCUACUACGACGCUGCUCUUCGCUCCUCCACACUCGCCAUGCUGAACAUCUCGCCCGAAACCUGCUCUGCUCUCUAUGUCUGCUCCGAACUCAUCUUCAUUUUCCACCUCGUCCAUCCUUACCUCUCCGAGAAUCCGCUCCUCUCACCUAGCAACGAAGUCGCCCCCUGGCUUGUUCUCCUGCGCGGGAUCCGCACCAUCGCUGAUCCCUUCCACGAUGCUCUCCUCUCAGGCGUCCUGGGACCCAUGUUCGGCACUGAGCCUUCAACCCCGGACACCGUGAUCAUGGACUCGCUAGAUACAUUUACCGCUCAUCUUCGCAAAACUCAUCCUGAGCCUGACUCCGACAGCGACCUACAAGCGUAUCUUGUCGCUAUCGAGGAGCUACGACGCUGGUCCGCCGGCGUCGACGGCCACGGGUUCCAGUGGGCGGUUUAUGUCGACGAGAGCUACAUCUCGCUGUUGCGGCAGAUGAAGCCCGCUGCGCUAGUCAUCUUUGCGCAUUUCGCGCGUGUUGUCAAGAAGUCUGAUUCGAAUUAUUGGUUGCGCGGGUGGGCGGAUCGCCUAGUUGGGGUAAUUUAUGGGACGUUAGAUGAGAAUCAUAGGUUGUGGAUACGACCAGUUUUGGAGGAAAUGGGGGUGGCCAGGUAGACGGUCUUAAAUUUGCACGUUAGAUCUGAAUUAGCGUUUUUCGGUUUUUUUGCAAUGAGAUAUAAUAUGUUGGUCCAGCUCGUUCUACGCAUGUGCCGCUAACAUGACCGGACUUUUCGGAAACCCGAGAUCGAGCUAUGGGCUUGAGCUUAAACUUGACCUGCAGGUCUGAUCUGCGCCUUCCAG